GAAUGGCCGCUGAGCGCGGCGGCCCCGGGAGCGGCUCCGGCAGCGGCCGCGGCCCCAGCGCAGCGCCCCCGGCCCCCGGCCCUGCCCGGCGCCCGCCAUGGCGCAGACGCUGCAGAUGGAGAUCCCCAAUUUCGGGAACAGCAUCCUGGAGUGCCUGAACGAGCAGCGCCUGCAGGGGCUCUUCUGCGACGUCUCGGUGGUGGUCAAGGGCCACGCCUUCAAAGCCCACCGGGCCGUGCUGGCCGCCAGCAGCUCCUACUUCCGAGACCUCUUCCACAGCUCCAAGAGCGCCGUGGUGGAGCUGCCGGCCGCCGUGCAGCCCCAGAGCUUCCAGCAGAUCCUCAGCUUCUGCUACACCGGCCGGCUGAGCAUGAACGUGGGGGACCAGUUCCUGCUGAUGUACACGGCCGGCUUCCUGCAGAUCCAGGAGAUCAUGGAGAAGGGCACCGAGUUCUUCCUCAAGGUGAGCUCCCCGAGCUGCGACUCGCAGGGGCUGCACGGUGACGAGACGCCGGGCUCGGAGCCGCAGAGCCCGGUGGCGCAGACCUCGGCGGCGCAGGGCUGGCCGGCCGCGCUGCCGCUGCUCUCGCGGGUCAAGACGGAGCAGGGCGAGCCCGACGGCGUGCAGUGCACCUUCGUGGUCAAGCGCCUGUGGGACGGCGCCGCCAAGGACUCCUCCUCCUCCUCCUCCUCUUCCUCCUCGGCCGGUGCUAACGGCAGCAGGAAGAUGGCCAAGUUCUCCGAGGCGGCGCCGCGGCAGAGCGCGCCCGGUGCCGGCGGGACCGGAGGGGCCGCCCCGGUGUCGGUGCCCGCGGCGCCGGUCCCGGGCACGGCCGCUGAUCAGACCAGCCCCGGGGGAACGUCCAGCGCCUACACCAGCGACAGCCCCGGCUCCUUCCACAACGAGGAGGAUGAGGAGGAGGAUGCGGGAGAGGAAGGCUCGGACGAGCAGUACCGGCAGAUCUGUAACAUGUACACCAUGUACAGCAUGAUGAACGUGGGGCCUGCAGCGGCAGAGAAGGUGGAGGCCCUGCCCGAGCAGCCCCCCCCGGAGCCCCGGGCCCGCGCCCGCCUGCGCCAGGACCUGGCAUCGCUGCCAGCCGAGCUCGUCACCCAGAUCGGGAACCGCUGCCACCCCAAGCUCUACGACGAGGGCGACCCCGCCGAGAAGCUGGAGCUGGUCACCGGUACCAACGUGUACAUCACGCGGGCACAGCUGAUGAACUGCCACGUCAGCGCGGGCACGCGGCACAAGGUGCUGCUGCGCCGCCUGCUCGCCUCCUUCUUCGACAGGAACACGCUGGCCAACAGCUGCGGCACCGGGAUCCGCUCGUCCACCAACGACCCCAGCAGGAAACCGCUGGACAGCCGGGUGCUGCACGCUGUCAAAUUUUACUGCCAGAACUUCGCCCCCAAUUUCAAGGAGAGCGAGAUGAACGCCAUCGCGGCCGACAUGUGCACCAACGCGCGGCGCGUGGUGCGCAAGAGCUGGAUCCCCAAGCUGAAGCUGCUGAUGGCCGAGGGCGACUCCUACACCUCCUUCAUCAACGACACGGGCAAGCUGGAGCCCGAGCUCAUGGGCCCCGAGCCCCCCUUCGAGGCGGGGGGGCCCGAGCCCGAGGGGGGGCCGGCGGGGGAGGGGCUGCAGUGACCCCCACCCCCCCCCCUUCCCCCCUGAGCCCACCCCUCCUGGAGUGGGGAGGGGUUCUGACCUGAAAUGGGGGGGGUGACCCCUCCUGUGAGCCCCUCAGUGCACCCUGUAGGAGUAGGGACCCCUCCCCAGACAGGGUCAGCCCAUGGGGGGGGACCCCUCAAGCCCCCUCCCCAAAGUGGGGAGGGGAUUCUGGCCUGAAUUAGGGGGGAGGGCAGUGAUGUCCCCCCCACCCCCCUCAGUGCACCCUGUAGGAGUAGGGACCCCUCCCCCAGGACAGGUGAGGGGUGUAGGGACCCCUCCCCUUCAGGGGCUGGGACCCCCCCUCAGGGGUAGGGACACCCCCCAAAGUGGGGAGGGGGGAAUUCCACCCUAAAAUGAGGGGGGGCUCCCCCAUGACCCCCUCAUUGCACCCUGUAAGAGUAAGGACCCCCCCCCAGACAGGUGAGGGGUGUAGGGACCCCUCCCCAAAAAGGGGGAGGGUCCCACCAGCAAGGGACCUGUGUGGUUUAGGGACCCCCCCCCUCAAACCCAGAUGGGCACUCCCAGGGGCUGGGACCCCCUCUCAGGGGCUGAGACCCCCCCUCAGGGGCUGGGACCCCCCACUGAGGCCCUGGUGGGUCCUGUGUCCCCCCCCCGAGAAUUUUGGGGGUAUUUGGGGGGGGAGGGGAGGGGGCAGCAGCCUCUUGGCACAAGCGCAGCUGCCCCCCCCCCCCCCCCAGCAUUUGGGGGGGCCCAAAGGGGGGUCUGGGGUCUUGUGCCCUCCCCCCCCCCUUCGUGUGCACCCCCUGUUCCCCUCCAG